AUGGCAGAUUCCAGCGACAGCCCCCUAACGGGGUCUGGGGAGGCAGCUGAGCUCCCUGGAGAUGAAAGUGGCACCUCUGGUGGGGAGACCUUCCCCCUUUCCUCGCUGGCCAACCUGUUUGAGGGAGAGGAUACCUCCCUCUCACCCUCUCCCGCUGAUGCCUGUCGUCCUUCUGGCCUGGGUGAUGGGCGGCCCAACCUGCGCAUGAAAUUUCAGGGUGCCUUCCGGAAGGGCGUGCCCAACCCCAUCGACCUGCUGGAGUCCACCCUUUAUGAGUCCUCAGUGGUGCCUGGGCCGAAGAAAGCGCCCAUGGACUCCCUCUUUGACUACGGCACCUAUCGACAUCAUCCUAGUGACAACAAGCGAUGGAGGAGGAAGGUCAUAGAGAAGCAGCCGCAGAACACCAAAGCUCCCGCCCCUCAGCCGCCUCCCAUCCUCAAAGUCUUCAACAGGCCCAUCCUCUUUGACAUCGUGUCCCGAGGCUCCACUGCUGACCUGGACGGACUGCUCCCCUUCUUGUUGACCCACAAAAAGCGUCUGACUGAUGAGGAAUUCAGAGAGCCGUCCACGGGGAAGACCUGCCUCCCCAAGGCCCUGCUGAACUUGAGCCAUGGCCACAACCACACCAUCCCCCUGCUCCUGGACAUCGCUGAGAGCACUGGCAACAUGAGGGAGUUCAUCAACUCACCCUUCCGGGACGUCUACUAUCGAGGUCAAACUGCCCUGCACAUCGCCAUUGAACGCCGCUGCAAACACUACGUGGAGCUCCUGGUGGCGCGGGGGGCAGAUGUCCAUGCCCAGGCCCGAGGACGCUUCUUCCAACCCAAGGAUGAAGGGGGCUACUUCUACUUUGGUGAGCUGCCCCUGUCACUGGCUGCCUGCACUAACCAGCCCCACAUCGUCAACUACCUGACCGAGAAUCCCCACAAGAAGGCAGACAUGCGGCGCCAGGACUCCCGCGGGAACACCGUGCUGCACGCGCUGGUGGCCAUCGCCGACAACACGCGGGAGAACACCAAGUUCGUCACCAAGAUGUACGACCUGCUGCUGCUCAAGUGUGCCCGCCUCUUCCCCGACAGCAACCUGGAGGCCGUGCUCAACAAUGACAGCCUCUCGCCCCUCAUGAUGGCUGCCAAGACGGGCAAGAUUGGGAUCUUCCAGCACAUCAUCCGGAGGGAGGUGACAGAUGAGGACACGCGACACCUAUCCCGCAAGUUCAAGGACUGGGCCUACGGGCCUGUGUACUCCUCGCUCUAUGACCUCUCCUCUCUGGACACGUGUGGGGAAGAGGCCUCUGUAUUGGAGAUCCUGGUGUACAACAGCAAAAUCGAGAAUCGCCACGAGAUGCUGGCUGUAGAGCCCAUCAACGAGCUGCUGAGGGACAAGUGGCGCAAGUUUGGUGCGGUUUCCUUCUACAUCAGUGUGGUUUCUUACCUGUGCGCCAUGGUCAUCUUCACCCUCACGGCCUACUACCAGCCACUAGAGGGCACUCCACCCUAUCCUUACCACACAACGAUGGACUACAUGAGGCUGGCUGGCGAGGUCAUUACACUCUUCACUGGAGUCCUGUUCUUUUUCACCAAUAUCAAGGACCUGUUCAUGAAGAAAUGCCCUGGAGUGAAUUCUCUCUUCAUUGAUGGCUCCUUCCAGCUGUUGUACUUCAUCUACUCUGUGCUGGUGAUUGUCUCGGCCGCCCUCUACCUAGCGGGGAUUGAGGCGUACUUGGCCGUCAUGGUCUUUGCAUUGGUCUUGGGCUGGAUGAACGCACUCUACUUUACUCGUGGGCUGAAGCUGACAGGAACCUACAGCAUCAUGAUCCAGAAGAUUCUCUUCAAAGACCUUUUCCGCUUCCUGCUUGUCUACUUACUCUUCAUGAUCGGCUAUGCCUCAGCCCUGGUCUCUCUCCUGAACCCUUGUGCCAACAUGAAGGUGUGCAACCAGGACCAGACCAACUGCUCGGUGCCCACCUACCCCUCGUGCCGUGACAGUGAGACCUUCAGCACCUUCCUUCUGGACCUCUUCAAGCUGACCAUCGGCAUGGGUGAUCUGGAGAUGCUCAGCAGCACCAAGUACCCCGUCGUCUUUAUCAUCCUGCUAGUCACCUACAUCAUCCUCACCUUCGUGCUGCUUCUUAACAUGCUCAUUGCCCUCAUGGGGGAGACGGUGGGCCAGGUGUCCAAGGAGAGCAAGCACAUCUGGAAGCUGCAGUGGGCCACCACCAUCCUAGACAUUGAGCGCUCCUUCCCCGUGUUCCUGAGGAAAGCUUUCCGCUCUGGCGAGAUGGUCACCGUGGGCAAGAACUCAGACGGCACGCCAGACCGCCGCUGGUGCUUCAGGGUGGACGAGGUGAACUGGUCCCACUGGAACCAGAACUUGGGAAUCAUCAAUGAGGACCCAGGCAAGAAUGAGACAUACCAGUACUACGGCUUCUCACACACCAUGGGUCGUCUCCGGAGGGAUCGCUGGUCCUCUGUGGUACCCCGCGUGGUGGAGCUGAACAAGAACUCAAACCAAGAUGACGUGGUGGUGCCACUGGACACCUUGGGAAACCCCAGCUGUGACGGCCACCAGCAGAGUUAUCCACCAAAGUGGAGGACUGACGAUGCCCCCCUCUAG